AUGGAAAAAGAUACGGCGGAAAAGUCUGCUGCCGUAGACAGUUCCAAGCCCGAGACCAAAAACCAGCAUCAACGCGAGGCUACCUUUCAAGACUAUCUGCGAGUAUUUUCCUAUGCAACGAAAUGGGAUUUUGUAGCGUACGCUCUUGGUGCGGUGGCUUCCAUCGGCGCUGGUAUCACUAUACCGCUGCUAAAUGUCGUCUUUGGCCAAUUCGCCAGUCAGUUCUCCAAUUUCGCUGGCACAAAAACAAUCGACAAGGAUGAGUUUCAAGGAACUCUAAACCGCCUCUCAUUAUACAUGCUUGGGCUCUUUCUGGGUCGUCUCGUACUCAGUUACGUCAACAAGUUUGCAUUCCGCAUGAUUGGUAUUCGCAUCUCGUCUGCCAUCAGACAAGACUUUCUGAAUGCCCUGUUUGCCCAAAGUGUUCAUGUGCUAGACUCCAUGGCUCCAGGCUACGCAACCACAGUGAUUACGGCUUCCAGUAAUACCCUGCAGCUUGGCAUUUCCGAGAAGCUCGGUGUGUUUAUCGAGUUCACUGCUACCAUGAUUGCCUCCAUCAUCAUUGCUUUCAUCUACAGUUGGCAGCUGUCCCUGGUCACAUUUACUGCAGUCGUGUUUAUUCUUCUCAGUGUCAGCAUUCUGCUUCCACUCAUUACUAAGGGCCAGACACAACAAGGCAAAUCUGAAUCCAAGGCAGCAGCUGUUGCCAGUGAGGCCAUGAACAGCAUCAGAAUGAUUGUGGCGUGCAGUGCUGAAGCUCGAAUGGGUAACAAGUAUGCCAAAUUCGUUGACGAGGCCAAGGCCCAUGCACGAUUUGCUAGUCCGUUUAUUUCGAUCCAAUUCGGUUUAGUGUUCUUUAGCAGCUAUGCUGCUUUUGGGUUGGCGUUUUGGUAUGGAACCACGCUGUUCCUCGACGGUAAGAUCGACCAGCUUGGAGCAAUCAUUGUUGUCCUGUUUUCUGUCAUGAUGAUUGUGACUUCACUUGAGCGAACCUCUACGCCCCUUCUUGCUAUUAGCAAGGCUAUGGUUGCUGCUUGCCAAUUCUUUAGCAUCAUUGAUGCUCCCCGACCCGACCCUGGCCAUCUCACAGACGCAGAUAAUGUCUCUGCUACGGAGGACAUUGUUCUGGAAAACGUAACUUUUGCUUACCCCAGUCGCCCCCAUGUCAAGAUUCUGGACAAUCUCAAUUUGACGCUGGAGAAGGGCAAGGUCACAGCCAUUGUUGGGCCCUCUGGCUCCGGUAAAAGUACCAUUGUUGGUCUCAUUGAACGAUGGUACAGCCUCAAGGAUCAGUAUAUCGUUUCCCAGAUUGUCACAAAGGAAAAGAAGAAGAAAGAAGGCGAUUCCCAAGGUGAAGAAGAAAACUCCAGUGAGUCGGCAACUCCGAACGAGGAGACUGGUGAAGCGAUUCAACUCCAGGGCAGAGUUUCUACCUGUGGUCACUCACUCGACGACAUCAACGUCAAGUGGUGGCGAUCUCAAAUUGGUCUUGUGCAACAGGAACCAUUCCUUUUCAACGACACCAUUUUCAAGAAUGUUGUGAAUGGACUUACCGGCACCAAGUGGGAAAAUGAACCGGAAGAAAGAAAGAGAAAAAUGGUCAAGGAAGCCUGUAAAGAAGCGUUUGCCGACGAGUUUAUCGAGAAGCUCCCCGAAGCAUAUGAUACUCCUGUUGGUGAAAGUGGUGCCAAAUUCUCCGGUGGCCAGCGUCAGCGUAUUGCCAUUGCCCGAGCCAUUAUCCGCCAACCAUCUAUCCUCAUUCUGGACGAAGCAACCAGCGCAAUUGACGUGCGUAGUGAGCGCAUUGUGCAAGCCGCGCUAGACAGAGCGUCUAAGAACAGAACAACCAUUACCAUUGCUCAUCGCCUCUCCACCAUCAAAAAAGCGGACCGUAUUGUUGUGUUACGAAAGGGACAAGUCUGUGAAUCAGGAACCCAUGAAAGUCUUCUCGCCGACGAAAAUGGCCUCUACUACAGCCUUGUGAAUGCUCAAUCGCUGUCUCUGGGACAACCAACAGAGGCUGUUGAAACCAAAGAGAAAGCCGAACUGCCACACCUGACCAAGGAGAAGAGCCGCGCAGAGUCUACAAGAGAAACAGAAGCCAAGGCGAAAAAGGAGAAACGCAGAAACUUGUUUUCUAGCUUUGGUCGAUUCUUCUAUGAGACGAAAUCGAUUUGGUUCAUGAUGGCACUGACACUGUUCUUUUCUGCCUGCGCUGGUGCAGCCAUUCCUUUCCAAUCCUGGCUCUUUGCAAAGGUCAUCAUCGCGUUUGGAUACCUUCCUGACAAAACAAAAGUUCGCCAUGAAAGUGAAUUCUGGUCGCUCAUGUGGACUGUCUUGGCCAUUGCAGCAGGCAUUAGCUACUUUGCCACAUUCUUCUUCUCUACGCGUACUGCCACUACCAUUCGGGCCAAGUACCAAAAGGAAUACUUCAUGUCCAUUUUGUACCAAAAGACGGCCUUUUUCGAUUAUGAUGAUCAUUCGCAGGGUACCAUGACGGCUCGUAGCUCCUCGGAUCCCGGUCAUCUUGAGGAGCUUCUGGGCUCCAACAUGGCAAGUGUGUAUGUGGCUAUCUGGACGCUGCUUGGAUCUAUUGCGAUUGCUUUUGCCUUUGCUUGGAAGCUGGCCCUCGUAUCUUUCUGUGUGGUUGUCCCCAUUCUCCUUGGUUCUGGCUACUGGCGAUUCCGCUACGAGAUCAAGUUUGAAGAGAUGAACAACAUUGUCUUUGCCGACAGCUCCAAGUUUGCCUCGGAGGCCAUCGGAGCAUUCCGCACUGUGGCAUCGCUUACGCUUGAAGAUGCUAUUUGUGGCCGAUUCCGUACGCUAAGCAAAGGACAUGUUAUUGAUGCAUUCAAAAAGGCGCGAUGGGUGACAAUGCUGUUUGCAUUUUCCGACAGUGCUACCAUCGGCUGUCAAGCCCUCGUUCUCUGGUACGGUGGUCGUUUGCUUCUUAAUGAAGAGUUUGACCUGCAAAGUUUCUUUGUAUGCUUUAUAUCUGUCUUGAAUGCUGGCGAGACAACUGGACGCGCUCUCAGCUUCGGCCCCAACGUUGCCCAAGUCAGCGCAGCCGCCAACCGCAUUCUUAGCCUUCGAGACAGCAAGGUCAAGGACAACCCUAACGCUACAGGUGAAGCAUUCAAGUCGGAGGGUGGCGGCAUGAAGAUUGAACUCGAAAAUAUCCACUUCAAAUACCCGACUCGAGAUGUGCCCGUCUUCCAAGGACUGAGCCUCACCAUUGAGAAGGGUCAAUUUGUGGCGCUCGUUGGUGCAUCAGGCUGUGGAAAGACGAGUAUCAUCUCUCUGCUUGAAAGAUUCUACGAUCUCAGUCGUGGCCGUAUCUUGUGCAACGGUCAGGAUAUUGCGACCAACAAUGUCUAUGCCUACCGUCGUUGUCUCUCGCUUGUGGCGCAGGAGUCCAGCUUAUUCCAAGGCACCUUGCGUGAAAAUAUCCUUCUUGGUGUCGAUGAGGCCUCCGUCACGGAUGAGCAGCUACAUCACGUUUGCCGUGAAGCCUCUAUUCACGAUUUCAUUGUGUCGCUACCUGAGGGAUACAAUACCAACAUUGGCUCCCGUGGCGUGACGCUCUCUGGAGGACAGAGACAGCGUGUAGCUAUUGCACGCGCUUUGAUGCGCAACCCAGACAUCUUGCUACUCGAUGAGGCGACCAGUUCGCUGGACUCAGAGAGCGAGAAGCUGGUGCAGGAGGCAUUUGAGCGUGCAGGCAAAGGGCGUACAAUGGUUGCUGUCGCGCAUCGUCUAGCCACGGUACAGAAUGCUGAUGUGAUUUUUGUGCUCGGAGAGGGCAAAUUGCUGGAGCAGGGCAACCACGAGGAGCUUUUGGCUAAGCGUGGUGUUUACUGGCAAAUGUGUCAAAGCCAAGCCCUGAACAAAUAG